CUUUUCUUUUUCUGUUCCUGUGUUUCCUUGUUAGCCAGCGUCAGUACUAGCCAACACAACAACCGUCCUACCUUCUUUCCUUCUUCUCUUUCGUCCUCUUUUCCUCUUCUCUAUUUUUCCUCUGGAGCUAGAAGAACUCCUCCACAGACAUGGACGAGACGAGUCCUCUUGUCUCUCCGCUCCGGGACUCCGGUGAUUUCAGCUACGGUCCCACGGAGCCCACCAGCCCGCGGGGCGCGUUUGGAAGCACCCCGGGCUCCGUGGUGCGGAUCCCGGCUGGCAGUCCGGGGUGCAGCCGGGAGAGACAGCCGCUGCUGGACCGGGACCGCGGCAGCACAACGCGGGAGCCGCACGGGAACGAGUUCCCGGAAGAUCCCGAGUUCCGAGAGAUCAUCCGAAAGGCCGAGCGGGCCAUCGAGGAGGGGAUCUAUCCGGAGAGGAUCUACCAGGGGUCCAGCGGCAGCUAUUUUGUCAAAGACUCGCGGGGGAAGAUCAUUGGCGUGUUCAAACCAAAAAACGAAGAGCCCUAUGGCCAGCUGAACCCAAAGUGGACUAAGUGGCUGCAGAAGCUGUGCUGUCCCUGCUGUUUCGGUCGUGACUGUUUGGUCCUGAACCAGGGUUACCUCUCGGAGGCCGGCGCCAGCCUGGUCGACCAGAAACUGGAGCUCAACAUUGUUCCUAGAACCAAGGUGGUGUACCUGGCUAGUGAAACAUUCAACUACAGCGCCAUUGACAGGGUCAAAUCUCGAGGAAAAAGGCUGGCCCUGGAGAAGGUGCCAAAAGUGGGGCAGCGCUUUCACAGGAUUGGAUUGCCGCCAAAGGUUGGUUCCUUCCAGCUCUUUGUUGAUGGAUACAAGGACGCAGAUUUCUGGCUGCGGAGAUUCGAAGCGGAGCCUUUGCCUGAAAACACCAAUCGUCAGCUCCAGCUGCAGUUUGAGCGGCUCGUUGUGCUCGAUUACAUCAUCAGGAACACAGACAGGGGAAAUGACAACUGGCUGCUGAAGUACGACUGUCCGAUGGACCCUGUUGGGAGCAGAGACACAGACUGGGUGGUAGUAAAGGAUCCCAUCAUCAAACUGGCAGCCAUAGACAACGGCCUCGCCUUCCCCCUCAAACACCCCGACUCCUGGAGAGCCUACCCAUUCUAUUGGGCGUGGCUUUCCCAGGCCAAAGUUCCUUUCUCCCAGGAAAUCAGAGAGUUGGUCCUGCCCAAACUUUCUGACCCAAAUUUCAUCAAAGACCUGGAGGAGGACCUGUAUGAACUAUUCAAGAAAGACCCCGGCUUUGACAGAGGACAGUUUCACAGACAAGUAGCCGUAAUGAGGGGACAGAUCCUGAACCUGUGCCAAGCCCUGAAGGAUGGUAAAACACCCCUCCAGUUGGUCCAGAUGCCCCCAGUAAUCGUCGAAACAGCCAGAGCACCUCAGAGAGCCAACAGUGAGUCAUACACACAGAGUUUCCAAAGCAGACGACCCUUCUUCACCUGGUGGUAGGAACGGAGCAGCAAUGAGGAAGAGGAACAGCGGGAAGCCGGAGCGGGGAAAGGAGGUAGAUGUGCCAUUGUAAGAGGACAGGUCUUUGUCCUCAAAAUGGAUAUUAUCAUCACCCUCCCCUCCUCUACGCAUGGAUAUUUUGGUUACAGGGAGAGGAAGAAUGGGUGGAGAGAUGAGGCCAAAAAGGAAGAAUUUCACAAAACUUCCCUAUUUGCCUCUGUGCCUUGUGUGGAUGUCGCUGAAGAAUAAACGCCUAGAUAAUGAAGAUUCUGUCGCUUCCCACGGGAAAGGAACAUUUCAGCGAGAUGUCAGACUUUUCCGUUGGACUCCUGGGUGCGUAUAAGGUUUGCUCACACUCGUGCACGCCAGUCAAAAGCUUCUCAUUGUUUUGUUUUUGGAUGGGAGGUGUAUCGCAUUCCAUGUUUUUUUUUUCUCCCUUCAUACCUGUCUGCCUUUUUAAUAUUGACUUGCAUAUUCUCGCCCAUGUAGUUAAACGCACAGGGCUGGUGAAAUCAUCAAAGCCACAACUGGGUUUUGAUUUUAAACAAAUAAGAGAAGUGUUCAUUGUGUUCAAGAAUUAGGAACUUGCCAACUCACUGGUGUCUUUACAAGGGGAACACAAGCCACGUGAACUGGUUUCACAGUUAUUCAUUGCUCCUCCUAAUUCGAUUAGGAUCUGCAAGUCAUCAGGGGCGAUCUUGGAAAGCCGAGGCACUUUGGUGUAAAAGAAUCGGAUCAGUACGACUGGCUCACUUAAUUUUUCCCUUCAAACUGAUGACUUAAAUAACCGGCGAAUAACAUAACAUGAUCUUGUCUACAAGCAGGCAGAGGGUGAGGGUGGUGGUGACACUCCGUCCCAAGCUCCUGUUUGCCAGAGCCAUGUUGAUUUGUUUUCCUCUAAUAGGUGGUGUGGUGGACCUAAGCAAACAACGAAGUAACGUCCUGCUGUACUGAACUGACAUGGAAUUUAUUGUGACAAUGCACUGUAUAAUUUGUAUGUAAUAUUUAAUGAUAGAUUAUAAUUAAAACAUACUCCAUUAAGA